GCUGGCUGUAAGAAGAAAAUAUGCCAAAUGUUAUAAUUUGCAUUGUACCGUUAUGAUUUUGUUUGGAACUCGAAUUUUAUCGUUGAAAAAAAUGCCCCCAGACAUUGACGACAGUGAGAUCAAUGAUGUUAGAUUUAGGCAGUCAGAUAUAUUUUUCCCAAGCAAUGAUAAUAAACUUAAUUGGCCAAGGAUUGCAUGAAUCAAGUUCUGCAGGAGCUGAUAUAAGCUUUUACAUAGGAUGUAGCCUGACAUGCUAUCUGGAUAAAAGUGAACAGUUACCUCAUCAGGAUCCAGGCUAAGCUUCAAACAGCAGACAUUCAAGUUUUACCAUACUUUUUUAAUUUGUCUCUUUCCUCAAUGAAUACAAUUAGAGCCCACAAUUGGAUGCCAUUUAAGUACCUACAUUAGUUACAUGGUACCAUGUAUUGUUUCUAUAAUGUUUUAAAGUUGUUAUAUACUCACAAAUACGUUUGUCUGCUAAUGCUUAAUUUUUUGUAUAAUUUUCUAUGUUAAAAACAACCAGGUUUAGACCUAAAAAUUCUUCCUCUCCUAUUAAGAUACUAAAUAAUAGCAAUAGUCUAAGAGAUUGGCUUACAGAAGUAUACAAUAGAAUACUACCUACCUACUUUGGCACUUGUAGGAGCUUCUCCCCUUUCAGAGCUGGAAGUACUUAAAUAUGAUCAAGCUUCCGUUCUCCCUUCACUUCGUCAUUUGUUUUGUCAUGGAAAUUGAGACGCAGCAUACACUUUAUACGGUGUAUUCUAUGCUGACUAAUAAUUUAUACAUUGCAUGUAUGACAUAGAUGAAAAAUCUUCUUCAGCAACCCACAUAAUAUGUUGACGUAUACCUAUAUAUGAGGUGAUCUUAUAAAAAUAGUACAGAUUAAUGCUAUAACAUUCAAUUAUACUUCUUCUAAGCUUGGCCUCAAGAAUCUCUUAUUAGUUGUGGCGUCAUUAGUUUAAGCAAGAAGCAUGUGAAAUGAAAAUGAUACGAGCUCUCUAUAGCAUGAGUAGAAAGUGACCCGCCUUUUUUAGAAGAAAAAAGGGUUACCCAACAGUGCAACUUGCACAAACUAUCAACUCUACUACUCUCUCCUUUCAUUUAAGAGAGCCAUCUCCCAAUUCAAAUAUCAUUAUUUUCCCUUGUAGUGGUUCUGUAUGUAUUCAACAUGAUUUCUUAUGCUACCUUCACCUUCAUUAAGAGAUACUAGUUAAGUCGGGGAGAAAUGUCGAAAGAAUAGCAAAGCUGUGCAAAAUAUGAUGAUAAAAUUUAGAAAGCUUCCUGCUUCAGCAUGUAAAACUUUAUGGAAGAUGGGCAGAGAGGACCCGAGAAGAGUCAUUCAUGGCUUAAAGGUUGCAGCUGCUUUGACAAUAGUAUCAUUCCUAUAUCUUUUAGAGCCUUUGUUCGAAGGAUUCGGUAAAAAUGCAAUGUUAGCCUUCAUGACUGUUGUCGUUGUUCUUGAGUUUACUGCAGGUGCAACUCUGUGCAAGGGAUUUAACAGAGGAUUAGGGACACUUUGUGCUUCCUCGUUAGCUUUCUUCAUAGAAUUUGUUGCAGAAAAAACUGGACAAAAGUGCCGUGCUGCUUUUGUAGGAGCAUCUGUCUUUGUAAUAGGGUUUAUGGCAACAUAUUUACGAUUUGUCCCAUACAUAAAGAAAAACUGCGAUUAUGGGGUGUUGAUCUUUUUGCUAACCUUCAUUUUGAUAACGCUAUCAAGUUACCGUGUUGAAAAUGUUCUCAACAUAGUACGAGAGCGCCUCUACACCAUUGGCAUUGGUUGUAGCAUUUGCCUGCUCAUGAGCCUCUUGAUUUUGCCAAAUUGGUCUGGUGAAGAUCUUCAUAGUUCAACAGUCUGCAAGCUUGAGCAGUUAGCAAGGUCAAUUGAAGCUUGUGUCAGUGAUUAUUUCAAAGACAAAGAUAUAGGAGUAAAAGAAGAGGAAGCAGAGACAUCCAGAAAUUUAUUAUACAGGGGUUACAGGGAAGUCCUGGAUUCUAAAUCAAGUGACGAAACUCUUGCACAUUUUGCUAGCUGGGAGCCGAGGUUCUCAAGAAACUGUCAUAAAUAUCCAUGGCACUUAUAUGUGAAACUUGGGGGUGUUCUUAGACGAUUUGGAUAUGUUGCGGUAGCUCUUCAUGGAUGUUUAGAAUCAGAAAUCCAGACACCAAGAUCAAUUCGUUACAUCUUCCAAGAUCCAUGCACCCAGGUAGCCACAGAAGUGACAAAGGCUCUCACAGAGUUAGCUACAAGUCUAAAGAAUCGUCGUCGUUUUUGUCCUGAUAUGCUCUCAGAUCACCUACACAAAGCACUACAGGACCUUGACACUGCCAUAAAAUCCCAACCAAGGCUCUUCCUAGGCUCCAAGAGUGCAAAUAACAUGCUUGUUAAUUGGAAGAACGAUAAAGAAACAUCCCCAAGGGUUACAUUACCUUCAGUUAAGAGUGACAUUUCAGCAAUACUAUCAGAACUGAGGCAUAAGAAAAUAGCAAAACGUUCGAAAGAUUCAGAGGAGAGGAAGCAACUGAGACCGACACCGAGUAAGCUAGCAAUCAAGAGUCUUGAGUUCUCAGAGGCUCUCCCCUUUGCAUCCUUUGCUUCAUUGCUUGUGGAGAUGGUAGCAAGAUUGGAUCUUGUUAUUGAACAGGUUGAAGAAUUGGGCAACGCUGCAAAUUUCAAAGAGUUCCAAGGGAAAGAUGAUGUUGUAAUCGAUAUGAGUGGUAAAGAGAAUGGCAGAGAAAUUCAGAAUCAGACUACGGUAGGGGAGUGAGGAGAAGAGGAGAAUCAACUGUUGUCUGUUGCAUUAAUUAUAGUGAUGUACAACUUGAAUGAGAAGGAACAUAUAUGGUCGUAAUAUUGCUCGUCUAAGAAAAAUAUUUGGAUUUUUCUCCACACAAUCCUGCAAGCUCUAGCUUUGACGAAUUCUUCUUAUCAUCAAAUAAGAAGAAAUCCAACCAAGCAAAAGCUCUUUCUGUUGCACAUUAUUUUGAUCAUUGUUAUUUCCCAAAAUACAAAACUACUAUAAUUCCAAUACUAUGCUCCUUAUAUUCUAACCAAUGGGCAUCGUAGAUUACUGAUCAAUAGCCACUGAAAAUUUUAAGGAAAUACCGCAUGUAUACUGCAGAAGAGAAAAACAUUCAAAAAUGUUAUAAAUCCAUAAGCAACAAAGUUGUAAAAGACACACCACCAGGUAGUGACAAGAGAGCAUGAAACCUCUAAAUUGUCAUGUAUGUUGUGAGAUCUAACGCUUUUCUAUGUAUCAGUUUGCAUAUAAAGAAAGAGUUUCAAACUUUCAUCAGGAAGCGAGAAAAUAAAUAUUAGAUCUCCUCCAAUGAGUAUGCCAG